AUGGCCUCUCUACCUGCUCAACAUCCGUCUCUAGCGCUACACCUAACAGACCGCGCCCUCAACCCGAUCCUCACGUCGGCGCACUCCCAAUCCCAGCUCGAGGCCCUCACAUCGCUGACAACGACCUCCCUCACCGCGCACGCCGCCGCAACCCGCUUCUCCCUCGGCCCCGCCCAGCGCAUCAUCGUCGAGCACGGCCCCGGCAGCCCCGUCGUCCUCUCCUCCUUCCUCAACGGCGCCGACGCCCUCCCCAACGGCGGCGAGACCUCCGCUGCUGCCUCAGCCGCUGCCGCCGCCGCCGCGACCAGCAACAAUACCCCUACCGCGUCGAGACCCGCCACCUCGGGGCCUUCUUCCGCGACGGCCGCGACGCCAGGCGGCGCUGCCCAGGGUGCUGCUGAUACCAAGACGAACGACGCGGAGAACGCCGCCCCGAUGCUCGUCGGCGUCGUGGUUGCUGCGACAGGCGAGGAGGCCAUGGAGGCCCGUCGUGCCGCGGGACGGUUGGAGAGGGUGGGACGCGAGUUCCAGCGGGAAUGGGCCGCUGAAGAAGGGACUGCUGCUGCGGAGGGGAGUCAGUGA